AUGAGGACAGUGCGGCGCAGCAGGAGGGACAACUGGUCCGAGGUCACAGCCUUUGGCGGCUCUGAGGCCCGAGCACAGAAGGUUCCCACGAGCUCGGAAGUGAUCAUGGACGCCACGCGCGCCCUGCGAUUGGAGGGUUUUAUAAGAAUCCCACAGGCUGCUCGGGAGCACAGACUUGGCACACGGAGGUGGGGGGGUGAUGAGGACAGUGCGGUGCAGCAGGAGGGAGACCUGGUCCGAGUCUCCCUCUCCCCACAGGUUCCCACGAGCUCAGAAGUGAUCAUGGACCUGCAGGCGCAGGUGAACGUGGAGGACGUGUUCGUGUGCUUCUCCCGGGAGGAGUGGGGGCUCCUGGACGAGGCUCAGAGGCGCCUGUACCGGGACGUGAUGCUGGAGAACUUCGCCCUCCUGGCCUCACUGGGUUCUUGGCCCGGAAUGGAGGAUGAGGAGAUACCUUGUAAGCAAAGGGUUUCUGCAGAAGGAGUGUCACAGGUCAGGACUCUCAAAGCAGGCCCUUCCACCCAGCAAGCCUACCCCUGCGAGGCAGGUGGCCUGGUCUUGAAAGACAUUUCGCACUUGGCUGAGCACCAAGAAACACACUCUGGGCAGAAACGGUGUGGGAAACAGUUCUGGUUCCGUGGGAACCUUCACCACCAGAAACAGGGCAGUGGAGAGAAGCCCUUCAGGAGAGACGAGGGCCAGGCCUUUCUUGUGAGCAGCUGUCCUGCCCAGCCCCUGGCAGUGCCCUUUGCGCCUGGGGAGGCCCGGGAGGGCUUCUCAGCUCGCUCAGGCCGCUCCCAGCACCGCGCCCCCCACGGUGAGUGGAAGCCACACGGUGAUGGCAAGUGUGAGGAGGCCCUGCCCAGUGGACAAAGGCAUUACGAGUGCAGCGAAUGUGGGAAAGCCUUCAGCCGCAAAGACUCGCUCGUCCAGCACCAGAGAGUCCACACUGGAGAGAGGCCGUACGAGUGCAGCGAAUGUGGGAAAACCUUCAGCCGCAAACCCAUACUUGCCCAGCACCGGCGAAUCCACACUGGAGAAAUGCCCUACGAGUGUGGCAUCUGUGGGAAAGUUUUUAACCACAGCUCCAACCUUAUUGUUCACCAACGAGUUCACACUGGAGCGAGGCCUUACAAAUGCAGUGAGUGUGGGAAAGCCUACAGCCACAAGUCCACGCUUGUUCAGCACGAGAGCGUCCACACUGGAGAAAGGCCGUACGAGUGCAGCGAAUGUGGGAAAUACUUUGGUCACAAAUACAGACUCAUCAAACACUGGAGCGUUCACACCGGGGCCCGGCCGUACGAGUGCAUCGAGUGUGGGAAAUUCUUUACCCAAAGCUCCGACCUCAUUGCGCACCAGAGGGUCCACAAUGGGGAGAAGCCCUAUGUGUGCAGCGAGUGUGGGAAAGCCUUUAGCCACAAGCACGUGCUCAUUCAGCACCAUAGAAUCCACACCGGAGAGAGGCCGUAUAAGUGCAGUGAGUGUGGGAAGGCCUUCAGGCAGAGGGCUUCCCUCAUCCGACAUUGGAAAGUCCACACUGGAGAAAGGCCAUAGGGUAGCGGGGAGUGUGCCUGUCCGUGGUCACGAGUGACUGACGCCAGCGAGAAGCUCUGUGAGCCGCCUUGGAGAGUAGCCAUCAGCCGGAAGUUGACCCCCAUCCCUGUGAACACCCAUCCCAGGAAGAUUCCUCUGAGGGUCCCUCCACGGGAAGCUUUCUGGAGCAAUGUGGCUGGCGUGUCAUCGCCUGCCUAGCACCCCUGCCACAAUCCUGUCACUGCCAGUGUCUGCAAGGCAGGGCCCCAUGUUGAGCGAACAUCGGCCAACAUGCUCUGCUAGGCAGACCUGUGUUCCCCUCCCCUUUCCAACAGGGGAUCCUCAGUAUCCCGGGCUCAUUGAUCCUCACUCCUUCCUGCCCGCCCCCCCGCCCACCCCAGGGGGUUUAGGUGUGGACAUGACCCAGUUUCAGCCGGGAGGGAGGAUGCGAGUGUUGUUUUGCUGGCCACUUGCAGGGGAGUUUUCCAGUUCUCAUGGACUUUGUUGGUCUCGGGUGGCACUCCUCAUGGGUGUGUCCAGCCUCCAGGUCACCUGACUUGGGAAUUGCCUGUCCCGAUGUUCUGGUUUUGCAGCACAUGCCUUAGUUUUGAAGUCACCUCUGAUCUUGGGGUUUCUGUUCACUGGGUUGGCGGAGGACAGCGUGGGCUCUGCCGGCACGAAGGGUGGACAGCUUCUGUGAGACGCCCAGCGAGUCGGCUCAGUGCAGUGGGCAGCUCUUGUUCUGGUUUCAGCCCAACUGGCAUCGCUGCUCAAGGCCGCCUAGGGGAGGUGCCCAUCUCUGAGGCCUGACCUUGUGACCCGUAUGCAAGGUCAUCUGUGAGACCUUGAACGGGGGCAUUUGCUGUGACAACCUCUGGUGUGUCUGGGAACAGCGUGAGUUGGGUUCCUUGUUCCCAGGAACAAAUCCAUGUUUCACAUUUCCCUCCUGGGCAGAACUUGACCCCUGGGGCCUGGCAACAUCCCCAAAGCGUAUUCUUCAGUAGGUAGAUGUCCCUGUCCCCUAAAAGGACCAGGUAGGAGUCAUAAUUGUACAGAGAUGCUGAUUACUAGGGAGUUGGGAGACUGCAGCAGAUGGCGGGAUGUGACUUCCGAAAGUGUUUCCACAAACAUUUCACUAUGACUUUGGUAGGAGGGCUUCCAGGAAUUCUCAGGGCUGACAUAUUUCUCUCUCUCACGGCUGUGGUCACUAUCAAUUGAUUCAAACAUUUUCUGUAAUAAACCAUGUGUACAAUUUGACAAGUUCCAAUACGUUUGCAUCUGUGAAACCGUUUCCUGAUUGUCUUUAUAAUCCCUCUCCCCUCACCCACUCCCAGGCAAACACACUUCUUGUUUUCUGUCACUAGAGUUCUUUGCAUUUCCUAGAAUGUUAUAGAUGAUCUAUAUAGACUAAUUUAAUAAUAUAUGUCUGGCUUUGA